AUGUCGUACCGACUGUUGAUACCGACAGUGCGCUCGCCAGUCGCACCAUCGCCCCCGUCUCCGUCCUCGCCGUCCUCCACAACGCGCUCGCCCCGUCUCAAACCGACAUCUGCGAAGCUCAUCCGUAGUCGGUCUGGCUCCGCAUCUCUCCAGUCGUCUCCCGACCCAGCAGUCAUAUCUCAGCCUCCGCCCAACGUAGCUGCAGUAUGGAUUGGAAAACCAUUCAGGUUUGACAUUGUCCAGGACACGCUUGAGCUCGAAGGAUACCAGAUGUAUGCUGUUGAGAAAUGGGUUGUAGAGAGAACACGUGCGAUAACUGUCCUUACGGUGUAUACAGGGAAUCCACAGCACAAGAUCACAGUGACUGCACUCAGUCCCUCGCAGUCACUUUUGCCACCAGAUGCACGCACUGAAUGGGAGAAGGCUUUGCACCACCUUCGCAGAGAUGGAGCAAGACCAAAACAGACUCCCCAUGGAGUACUCAUGGUGACAUCUCUUGCAAACUUCCGCUCAGACUACACAAUCGUCCAGAUACCAAAUGGAGACUUCCUCGCAGCUAAAGAACGCCUGUACACGAACAUAAACCUUAGCAGAAUGGGCUGCAGUGGACGCAGUGCGCUGACCCUGGAGGAACCGAGUGAGACAACGAAAGAACGCUUCAGAUCUACCUACCUCCUUCCGGACUCGCAAGUACCGACACCCUUUCGUUCCAAGACACAAUCGCAUUCACACGCUCGUCCACCUUCUAUCUCAACAUCACCCUUAAUCUCAGCGUCUUUACCAUCACCGUCUGUUAGUCCCUCGAUAUCUCCAGUGUCAACGUUUGCCCCUGGCGCUCCUACUUUCACCUCGGUGUUCCAAACCCCGACCUCUUCGUCACAGACAACAACAACGCGACCUCGUAACCCUUUCUUCAAUGCAACUGUUCUUGAGCUGGUCAAGCUCGUUCAGGCUGCACUUGCCAUUUGUGGGAUGUUCCCACUCGCUGGUCUCGUUAAUGUGGCCUCUUCUGGGCAAGGUAGUACACCCUCAUCACUGACCAUAUGCGAACUAGAUGGUCUUCUAUGUGACGUUACUGUUGAAGGUCUUCAACGUUGGGUUGCAGAGCUUGGCGAACGAUGUGUUGGAGUAGAGCCCAUGGAGCGUGUCGCGGACCCGACCACCAUUUGUGCUCUCCUUUCCCUCGUCCUCGUGUCACGCAAUAAGCUAGCUACUGUAUCUUCAUCGCUGCCAAAGGACCCUUUCUUAUACCCACACGCAUUCAUUUAUGCGCUGAGUGGGUGGGCACAGAAUCAUUUGAAUGGAAACGCAGGGCCAAAUUCUGGUUCACAUUUUUCGCACGGACCAUCAUCCUUUAGCCCAACGCACAGCCCAAGAGCCUCUCUAUCAGUCUCCGCGUCUCACGGCCUCCAGAACUCCCCCACUCAAUCAACGGCCUCGAAUGCAACCUCGAACGCGAGCAACGUGAAUGUAUAUCUCACGCAAGGUAUUUAUUCUGCUCUUUGUGACGCUCAAGACCAUAAUAAAGUGCGGCAUGCGGGACGCCGAGCUAUUUUGAGCAAAUUGGAUGAUUUCACGACCGGCUUGAGGAAUGAUUCGUCUGAGGAGUCGGGUGUGGAAUCCGCCACUGAGUCGGAUCCCGUCACCAAUGGUACGAAUAGGCGAGGGACAAGAAGCACGGGCGGGAGUGGGCGCGGAAUCGGCGGGCGAGGUGGUCAGCUUUUGAUGAGCGGGAUCGAGAAUCUAGCAUCUGGAUUCGUUGGACGAACUUCCAACUCUGGUCCUGCUACUAUUACUGCACCAUCGUUGGAUCUCGGGACAUUUAUCAAGGCUGUAGUCGGCCGUAAUGGGGAUAAAGACAGAGCAGAUAAGGAUAGGGAAAAGGAUAGGGAGAGGGAGAAGGGAGGAGAUAAACGUGGUGCGUGGGAUGGGGACGCACCAGGAGUAGGAAGUGUGGGUGGAGUCGCAGGAAGUUUGAGGGGGCUGUGGAGUGGGAGGGUCGAAGCGGUAGUCCGGUUGCGCAAUAAGGUCGAAGGGCGGCAACAUGAACCUGGAAAGAGUCACGACACUGCUAAGCAUCAUGACAAGCAUCACGAGAAGGACAAGGGGCGGAAGAAUAUAUACAGUGAUCCUGAAGAUGGUGGUUUGCUUACAGUUGGAGAACGCACAGAUGGAGGGAAGAGUGGGAGCACAGGAACCGAGGAUGAAUUGGCGUUCGGUGGGGCAUGGAGUGGACGAAUGCAGAAGAAGUUGGAGAUGUGGACUGGUUCAUUACCAAAAAACAAGUCUACAGGGGGCAUCAUGAUGUCUGCAGAAUCGUCCUCGUCUGGCAUGUUUCCCGUCGUCCCGAGCGAUUCGAAUGCUUUUUCGGGAACGAAGCAGCAACGUUUCCCUGCAGUUGUUGUUUCUGGCGAUACAGGAGAAGAAGAGGAGCUGUUGAGCAGUGGUCAGGUAUCACCGAUAUCCGAAUCCAGGACACACAACCCAUUCAUGUUGGGUCUAGAGUCUGCCGAAACAUCCUCAGUAGCUCUUGAUAGGUUUGCUGGUGGAUCAGAUCAGCCAUAUCAAGACAGACAGGCAAACGAGCUGUCCGAACACGAUAAACGCGUUCAUGCUUUUUUGAUGCGUCGUCCAGGUCUGGGGGGAAGGUUGGGUCGUGAGAGGGAAAGCAGAGUAUCGAGUUGGUCCGAUCCAGUCAGUGCGCGGGAGGAAGGGGAAAGAGGGAAGAUGGCUGAUGACUAUGAUGACGAGAUGGAGGGGGUGAUUGAUGAGGGAAUAGAAAGCGAAGGUGAUGCUGAUGUGGAGGCGAAGAAGAGAGUGUGGAAGCGUAGCAUUCAGAGACGACACAGUUUCCACGAUACAAAGUCUUUCAGGGAUGUCCAUGUACUCAAACCUGAGUGGAUGCGGAUCGACGUCGAGCUUUGCGGCCAGCUCCUUGUCAUGCGUCGGAGAGACACCCACUUACGGAGUGUGUUAGCUUGCCUUGAGCACAUCACUGACUCACUUUCCUCCACUAAUGCUUCCCUACGCAGCGACUACCAUUCCCAUCACUCUCUUUUGGCAGCACUCGCAUCACACACCCAACUUCUUUCUCAAAUUGAGUCAGCCAGGGGGCCUGCGGAUGCAAUGGCACAACAGGUGCAAGCUCUCUCGUACGAGUCGCACCAGUUCCGCGUGGAUGAGCUGUGGCACAGCGCCGCGCCAUCGAGGGAGAAAGUGCUUGCACUGCGAGAGAAAGUGUUUGGGAUGGGUGCAGGGCUUGGACAAGGGGGAAGAAGGUACGUGAAAGGUGGAAAGGGGAGAUAUAACCGCGUGCAAUGGACGUUGGACGGACGAGAGAGAAUGGUGGAUGUGUGGGGGCGGACGGAGAGCGAAGGGGAAGAGGAGAAGAGGGCUGGAUUUGGGAUGGAUGGUGGAACGGAGGAUGAGGAAGGGUCUGUGGAAGAGGAAGGGGAGGCAGUGGAGCACACGGCGAUGAAGCCUGUGUGGCUGUUGAGAUUCUUUACGAGUUGGGGUGCAAGGUGGGGAUCGUCAGCAUGGAAGGGCGCCGAGGUUCCACAGGUCAAUAAUGCGCCUUCGCCUUCGCCCUCGGCUUCGACCUCCACGUAG